CGCAAGAGCCAACAAGCUCGUAUGGGAGGCUCCCAUGAGUUGCCACCGAACGAUGGCCAUGACCGAGUUGCCGCGAGAUCUUGUCGAUGCCGACCUUGGUCUUGGUCCAUGCCAGCCGUCGCCGUUGCGCGAGCAUGAUCCACGACUUGGCGAGGGCCACCAUGGGCGGUGUCCGAGAUCGGUACCGGCGUUUCCGCGUUCAGUCUUGGCCAGGGUCAUCGCCUUCUCCUCCUUCCAGGCGAGGGCAGGGGCUGCAGCAAUUGGAGAGACAUCCGGCGGCCUCCGGCCCAUUCCGUCGCCGUGGGGCUCCGAGUCGGGGGCGCGGCGCGGGGCGAUCGGAGGCCACGCUGCGCGUUGUCAGCCGUGCUCCUGGGGGGGCGCCCUUCCCCCCCCCCAGCGGGGGGGCUCCUUCGAGCGCAGCCAGUGGCGCUGUGGGUUUCCGGGAGGUGUGCUUCCAGGAGCCUCUUCGGGGAUCUGCGGCUCAGCAACGCCACGAGGGCACUCCACUGCAGGCCCCAGAGGCGCGGUGGCGGAUCAAGCUGCUGGAGUUCGCGGACGUCGAUCUGGACACCUGCGAGGCUAAGUGCAACGCCACCGCGAGUUGUUACCACUACAACUACCACCCUGACGCGUGCAAGCAUUCCGCGGAUGCACCGAGGACGUGCUUCCUGUUCGCCAAGGGCUGCGUCCUGGAGGAGGAUCCCUGCUGGAAUCUGUACGAGAGCCCCACCGUGCCAGCGUGGCGGCUGCGGGGGAACGCCACGGGCUGCGGCAACUGGGCGCGAGCGGGCGUCGGGGAGGUCCAGACUGCCAUGAACCGGGGCCACUGCGGCGUGAAGUGCUCGCAGCACCCCCAGUGCAGGCUGUUCAACUUCCAGCCGCGCGACUGUCACGAGGACGUGGCCGAGAACGUCCCCCCGGCCGGGGCUGGGGCGUGCUGGCUCUACACCAGCGACCCGCCUUGCAGGGAGGGUCGCAAUGCGUGCUGGGAUCUGUAUGAGAUGUCGUCGGAGGGGUCCCUGGGCAACUCCACCUGGAGCCUGCUGCCAGCAGCCAGAGGCACGCGGCGGUGGAUUCUUCACACCUCGGACGACGCGAGCUUCAGCGUCGCCGACGUGGUCUCCAUUCAGUUCGCCGACACGAGCCAGCAGACCGCCGUGGUCAUGGGGAAGGACC